GAGUGUGUGUGUGUGUGUGUGUGUGUGUGUGUGUGUCCCCCUUUCCCCUGCAGCGGCGGGAGGGGGUGUGUGAGUGAGUGCGUGCGUGUGUGUGUGUGUGUGUGUAGGGGGCGGGCCCCGCCGGCGGCCUCGCCCCCCCUCCCCCGCCCCGCCCCCGCCCCGCGGCCCGGUGGGGAGCGCGUGUCUGGGUCACAUGAGCCGCCCGCCCGCCAGCCCGGGCCCGGCCCCCCGCCGCCCCCGCCGUCCCCGCCGCCCGCCGCCACCACCGGCCGCCCGCCCGCUCGGCUCCUCCGGCCGCCGCCGCCGCCGCUGCGUUGCGUUGCGCUGCCUGCGCCCAGGGCUCGGGAGGGGGCCGCGGAGGAGCCGCCCCCCGCGCCCGGCCCCCGCCCGCCGCGCCCGGGCCCGCGCCAUGGGGCUCUGGCUGCCGCUGCCCCCCGCGCCGCCCGGCUAGGGCGAUGCGGGCGCCCCCGGCGUGCGGCCCCCGCGGGCACCAUGAGCCCCCUGCUCCGCCGCCUGCUGCUCGCCCUGCUCCUGCAGCUGGCCCCCGCCCAGGCCCCCAUCUCCCAGCCUGAUGCCCCUGGUCACCAGAAGAAAGUAGUGUCAUGGAUAGACGUGUAUGCUCGUGCCACCUGCCAGCCGCGGGAGGUGGUGGUGCCCCUGAACAUGGAGCUCGUGGGCACUGUGGCCAAGCAACUGGUGCCCAGCUGCGUGACGGUGCAGCGCUGCGGCGGCUGCUGCCAUGACGAUGGGCUGGAGUGCGUGCCCACUGGGCAGCACCAAGUCCGAAUGCAGAUCCUCAUGAUCCGGUACCCAAGCAGUCAGCUGGGGGAGAUGUCCCUGGAAGAACACAGCCAGUGUGAAUGCAGACCAAAAAAACGAGAGAGUGCUGUGAAGCCAGACAGCCCCAGGCCCCUCUGCCCACGCUGCCCCCAGCGCCGCCAGCGCCCUGACCCCCGGACCUGCCGCUGCCGCUGCCGACGCCGCAGCUUCCUCCGUUGUCAAGGGCGGGGCUUAGAGCUUAACCCAGACACCUGCAGGUGCCGGAAGCUGCGAAGGUGACAAACUGCUUUUCAGACUCAGUGGGGCCCCUAGCCUCACAGCCCUUCCCCCCGGGGGGCAGGAGGGCAGCCUGGUGAGAACCGUCCAGUCCCCAAGACCUCAGCCUGGGCAGAAGCUCCUCUGGGACCUGGGCCUCUCGGAGGGCCUUCCAGCUGCCCCUUGUCUCUCCAAGGCUGCCGUCCAACAAGGUGGACAGAGUUGGACGAGGAGACCUGGAGGCAGCAAGAGGGGUCACGUACCAACCUGGAAGAGAAUGGGGUCCCGACUCAGUUUUCAACCACCUCGUACAAGUGAGCAUCUAACAGCUGGCUCCUCUGUCCCCUCACUAAGAAGACCCCGAUCCUCUACAAAAAUGUGGGAGUUGGGCUUCAGCGCAGGAACUGUGACCCCCAGUCCUGAUAAAAGAGAUGGAAGGAACUGUC